UCUGUGAUGUUAUUUGCGACCGCGUACAUGAAUGAGCGUACAAAAGCCGUUCACUAUGAAACAGAAAGCAACGUGCUUUUGCUUUGCUAACGGAAUCUCAGUACGCGGCGCGGCAUGCGACUAACAUGGUCACACAAACCUUAUCAUCGUACACAUUAUACCGCCAUGACACGUGUAGCUUGGUUUAGCCGAACAAAAGGUGAUGCUUAUGUUGUUUUGGUAUUAUUAAUAUGUUUUUUAGUAAACGGUGUUUAUUCGUGGUCAUGUCCUUCUGACUGUAUUUGUUUAUCACACACACAGAUUUUAUGUAAUUCAGGACACUUGACUUAUGUUCCACUAAAUGAACUACCAAAAACUGUCGAACAUUUGUCAUUAACCAAAAACAAUUUAACAUAUUUGUCUAUUGAUGCAUUCAAUGGCCUUCGAUCACUUCGAAAAUUAACUUUAGAUGGUAAUAGUAUACACACUAUUGAACAAUUUGCUUUUCGAGGAUUAACCAGACUCAGAGAGCUCACAAUUCAACAUACACCAUUAAGAGCUCUGAGAAAAUUCUCAUUCUCCGGGUUACAAAACGUCACAGCCAUACUACUGGGGUUCAAUCAAAUCAGUGUUAUUGAAGAGUUUGCAUUCGCAACUUCAGCUAACAUAAGACUUAUACUAUUGAAUAAUAAUCCCCUUCAUAUAGUAUCAGCGCAUGCAUUUUCUCGGUUAACCAAUGUCGAACAUCUGAUAAUGCCUUCAGGUAUUCGUCAAAUACAACCAGACGCUUUUAACGGACUUGAUUGUGUGGGUUUACUUAAAUUAUCAUUCAUGGAUUUGACAUCAUUAAAAGCACAUACAUUUAGGGGAUUGAGUCGAGUACACGUAUUGGCCAUUCAAGAUUCUGACUUGGGUGUAAUAAGAUCUGAAGCUUUUUUAGGGCUAACACAUGUUGGGAGUUUAAAUAUAUUAAAUAAUAAAAUUGACUCCCUUCAAAAAUUAGUGGUAACUCGGCAAAAUCAAGUAAAACACUUUCGAUUUAAUGGAAACCAUGUUCUUGAUAGCCCUAGGAAAGGUAUGGUUGAUAUUGUCGCUUUGGACGGAUUUUCAAUGAUGAGCAAUCAUUUUCCUUGCGAUUGUCACCUAUUUCGGUUUUUAGACAAGCGUCCUUUUGGUCGCAACGCGUCUACCGAUUGGUUUUCUGGCAAGAACUUUUGUAUAUCUCCUCUAGAAUUUAAUGGACAACCAAUAAGUGUUGUUAAACAAAGUGUUAUCGAUAAAUGUUUAGAGAGUUCAUCAGCUGUAUCCUAUAGAUAUGCCAUUUCAAUUUCUUAUUUAGUGGCUUCAUUUUAUAAUUUUUUAUUACUAGGUUACUUAAAUGUAAAAUUAUAAAAGAACCAAGAUUUUUUCACUAUAACUCUUUAUUGUGAAUAAUUUAUUAAUUAUAAAUAUCGUAAAAAUAAUAGUUAUUUCAAAUAAUUAUACAACAUGUUUAAAUUUGAUUAUAUAUAAAUUUAUAUAUUGUUAUGUUAAGUUUAAUUAUUUAUUUUAUGUAAAUAUGUAAUUUAAGUAAAUUGUCUAUUCUCACUAUUAA